UGGAAGUGUCUGUCCAUAUCGAUUAAUUGUAUUAAUUCUUACUAACUUGUUCUUCUGAUUAUUUGGUCCUCUUCCCCGCAGCAAACAAUAGUUCGCUUCUUAUUUGUGGCGUGUCUCAAGCCACAUACCAUCCGAAACCUCCACCAGCUCGAACCUCUGGAAGUGAUGUCAUGCGGUUGGAGGCUGAUGAAGACAUACUUGUAGUGACUUCAACCUUCGCUGCGUCAUUCAAGCUUACAAGUCUUCGUAAAAUAUACACCAACUGAACCAUCUAAAAUCAAAUUCCUUCACGUAUUCUGCUCGUACUAUCAAGAUGUCUACUAGAAAUCCAACUCACGGACAGAAGGUGAGGCUCUCUUUCCUGUUCUUUUGAUUGUUAACGCUCCAGAUGGACUUGGUUAUUUAGCUGGAACAAACCAAAGCAAAAAGCACAAGGUGCUAACAGCAAGAUUAGGUCACUGACCCGAAUGCUCCGGUCAUCAAAGAAGGAGCAGGAGCUGUCGUCUCAGACUCACUCGCCGCAGAAUCCGCCCGCGCAGGCGGUGGAUUCGCCUCCAAUCGAGAUACCGACCCAUUUGGAGCCAAAGGCUCCAACUCUAUAUUCACAAACAGGGAUACCUCCUCCGCAACUCGCCUCGACCCAGCUGUGGACGCCGAAGCCAGAGAGGCAGAAUCCGACUGGGCGGAAGAGAAGAAACUUGGUGCUUCCGGUGGACAGAGAGGCAGUGCGCGCACUGCGCCGAGUUACGUCUCUAGCCAGUUCGUGGAUUCAAAGGGUCCCAAGGGAGAGAAUCUGACGGAGGGUUUCGAGGGAGGAGCGGGCAACAAUGCUAGCUUCAACGGCGAUAUUGGUGGACGAAACGAUCCUGGACGCAAGGCUUUAGAUAAGAUUGUGAAGGACAAUGCGGAUGCAAGUGAGAUGGCGGGAAUGCCUAAGCAGAUGGGUGAUAUUGGUGACAAUGACUUUACUGCUUUGGGUCGUAAUACUCCUGCUUAGAGCGUGGCGUUUCAUGUUGCGUAUGCCAAAUAGUCAGCCCAAUUGAAUGCUUUUGAC